CUCCAAUCAUCGUCGCUGGAAUAAAGCGUCGUUGUCUUUGUGUGAAUGCAACAGUACGUGUGUCAGCCGCAACGCCGCGAAGAUAGCGUGGCAACCGACACCAUGGGACUGUUCGCAGGAGAUGCUCCUUACCAAUGAACUUUCAUGUACAGAGGAAGUGAGUUCGGUGUAGCCGGAACUUUGUUUUUUCACGGAGGCAACUGUUCUGAGGCUAGAUCACUCAAUCUGACCAACACAACAGUGUACGGGAGGAGAUAACAAAAAUGCUCCCGGAAGUACCUCGACGACGGAAACUGCGCUCCCCUUCCAGCGUUUGCCUCAAAGAUUCAGGGAUGAGAUCCAUACUCAUCGGCAUCGACAACAUUACAAGAGGAUAUUUCGAGACGGGCUUUUUUCCGGUGUUCCAACUUCAGACUGACUAGCGGCAUAUGCAGGAAGCAGCGCGGCUGAACUACAUAUUCCUGAGGUACGUUGGGAAUCCUGUAUACAAGACACACAGAAACUGGUAAGCUACCACAGUGCUGUUAUGUUGUUAUCGACGGUUGUACAUCAUGGGGUUCUUCUCAUAUUAAGCAUGGGCAAAAGGCACAAAACCGCAGUACCCUGCAGCAGUACCUCCACGGUUAGUGCGCACUACGGGUACCCACGCAGCAGGCGCCAUCCCCCCUAGCCACCUCGUCCGGGACUUGAGCCCGUCUGAGUAUGAGAACCUCAUGAAGAGUCCCCACGUCCGAAACGUCACCACCCAGUUGGGUGAGACCAUCUACCUACAUUGCCUCGUCGAUCAAGUUGCCGACCGUAUGAAACCAAGACUUAAUAUCGAUCCAAGAAAAUGCAUCGUGACGUGGAUUCGUCUGCGGGAUUUUCAUAUCCUCACUGUUGGUCUGGCAACAUACACAUCGGACGACAGGUUCCAAACGGUGCACAUGCAGUACACCAACAACUGGGCGCUGCAGAUACAAGACUCCCAACUCAAGGACGAGGGACUCUACGAGUGCGUCCUCAACACCGAUCCGCCUGUGCGACAAAUUGUGGCUCUCAAAGUGGUCGUUCCCAAAGCGAGGAUAGUUGGUGCCCCAGAUCUGCACGUAGAAGCCGGGUCGGCGCUCAACCUGACGUGCACCAUCAGUGAAAGUCCCGAACCUCCUUCUUUCGUUUUCUGGUACCACGAGGAUCGGAUGGUGAACUUCAACCAGAACCGGAUCACGGUAGCGAAGGCCGGCAACGAUUCAGCCGUCUCCCGGUUCUUGAUCCCUUCCGUGGGGAUCCACGAUUCCGGAAACUACACCUGCAAACCUUCCAACGCCAAUGCCACUUCCAUCCUUGUGCACGUCCUGGAGAGCCAUCGUCGGCUGGCAGCCGUUCAGAACGAUGCCGGUCUAGCGGUCCCUUCGGGUGGUGCCUUGCCCUGCCCUGUGCCACAGCUCCUUUGCGUACUCCUCGUAGCGCUGGUGGCCAGGUGUGACAGAUGACCAUCUUGGGCCCAGCUUCAAGUCCUUCCCUUGUACAUAUGUACCCUUUCAUGGUGGAUUGUCUGAAAGUGCACGUCAUGGCCACUAUGACAACACAGCUGUCAGAAGCCCUGCUGAAGUGGUGUGAAGAAAAGAAAACUUCUGGAAAAGAAAAAAAAGGCCAAGUUCGUUGAAAGUGAAUCUUCAGCCUUACUUAUGAUUUUGUUGACGAACAAAAGCCAAACACCAAUCAAGAGAUAUAUGUGUGCUUGCCGGCUAGAUCUACUUCACUACUGAACUCUCACAGUGCAAGAACUGCCUUAUGCUCGUAACAUCUUCCUUGCCCUGCAGUCUUGCCACGAGAGCCAGCAUCGCUUCUCUGCUGCUGAUACAGACAGUACAUUGUUAUACGUUGCUGCUGCUGCUGCUGCUCCAGUGUUUAUCUUCUGCAGGCUGUGUUGAAACUCGGACAAACAUUUGUACAGCGUUCUGUGAACUACGGCAGAUGGCUCGCUGUUAUUUUCGUGGUGGUUACCUACAUGUGUCGUCUGCAUGUUGCAGAUCGCAUUGUGUUUUUUUUUUCUUUGUUUUUUUUUCUUCUUUCUUUUAGCCCGGAAGACGUCUAGUCGCGUAUUUACGUUUGUACAAAGUUUUAACUUUUGUUUCGAGAGAAAAAAAAAAAUCAAAUACAAUUGAAGUUGGAAACGCGACUGUUGCAAUGUGUGAAAGAUAAGACUUGAGAAGUGUUUACAAGGGUAAGUGGGGUCUUCACUACCAUUUUUUAAUGGCCUGUUAUAUGAAGGAGCUCAUUGGGAUAUCACAUUUGCCAAGAAAUUGGGGGCUCUAGGAAGAAUCCUUAAUGUCAGCUCUCUUGAAAUUGAGCGGAUCAUCGAGAUUUUUUAUACUUUCAUCGUUAAGGAAUCAAAAAGGGGAAAAAAAAAUAUGCACGGAUAAAAAUUAUCCAUACCUACAUUAAAUAGAGUGCCUUCUGUGCUGCUAAUAUUUUGUCUAAGAGAUUUCUGACUUAUUGUGAUAGUUCUCUCAGUGUAUCGCUCCCUCUGACAAUGUCUGCAUGUCUAAGUUUUCUUUUAAUGAAUUUUUCUUCUCAAAGCAACACUUGUUUUUCUUUUAUGCCAUUCUUCCGGCCUCACCAUUUUUUUUAACACCAAUGAAUCAUGUUAAGGGUUCUUCCUGAUGCCUCUUUUUGUCAUUCGAUGCAAUGAGUUGAGAUUCAAAUUUCACAAAAAGUUGUCAGACACCCUCAUUUUUUUUGUGUUGCAUAUAUCUCAUUGUGCAAUGAAAUGAUGCUAUCCUCUCUGAAGCCGUUACUGAUUAACUUAUUUAUUGACUUCACUCAUUUCAUCAUCCUCGUAGAAACACUCUACAGGAAACGUACAUUGUAGUUUCAGUAUUAGUUUGCUUUGUUUGCACGAUGGGAUGAGAAUUCAGGGUUUGUAAGUCUUGUCAGUUUUGUGUGAACAGCUGUGACUGUACUAACCUUGCUCUUUCGUCAUUCUCUUACUCUAACAUUGCUGUUGUCUCUUACUAAUUAUGCAGGGAGUGCUAGAAGGUGUAAAGCAUGUUAGUUGAAACUGAUGAUGGUAGAACGUACUGAUGCCCAUGUCAGUCCUUGUCUUCAGUGCAUUCUGCAUUGAUUAGAUAAGGUAUUUUAGUUCUCAUACUAUGUGAUGUCUAAUGGGUGCUCUAUUUUAUUAGCAUUUCAAUGGGGUGAUUUGUAGAAGAAAAGUGGAAUAACAGAAAGAACAGUGGUCACUACAAAAGAUACUUGAACAGCUCUUGAAGUGCAGUUUCUUGUACUCAUACGUUUCAGUAUUUCUGUUUCGUAUAAUAUUUUUUAGUGACCACUUCUCUUUCCAAGUUUCUUUUAGCAUGUCCAGUCGUCGAGUAACAGGCCUCAGAAUGUAGUUAUGCUCCGCCACUUCAUUCGGAAUUUCGAAGUAUUUGUUUCGUGACACUUUGCAACCUAAAAUAUGCACUAAUGCAGUUUUGUACUAAUGAGAACAUCUAGUAACCCCAAUAUCUUUAGCGUACAAAAAGACAUAGAGCUAAGGCGAGCUCUAUCUUGGGACGACACCAACGGAGAACUCUGAAAUGAAACCAACUAAGCAACAGACAGCAACUUUAUUUGAAUGAUGAUGAUUGGAGAGUUUCAUCGCCAGGGGGCCAUACUCUACCCCCAUUGCUGGCAGUAAUAUGGUGAAAUGGAAUACUGUCCUACUAAGCACGUCAAAGCAGGUGACAGUCUUCUUUCAAAAAGCAGAAUAACGAUAAUACAUUUGAGCUGGCACAGCACAGCAGUAGUGCUCAUGAUAAUCUGUUUCGACGAUUAGCAGGCAUACACCAUCCAAUACAGCAAACUGGAAUACGGAGCACUUCUAUUGAGAAAGUUACAGGGAAAGUAGACAUACAACUGCCACACUUUAUAUCGGAAGAGGCCUUCCUUAGAUGCAUUGAUAAACGUGUGGCUACAGUUUGUCCCUUCAUAUUUUAGUUUAAAGGAUGCUUUGGCGAUGAUGACGAGAGCUGGCUGCUCUUUCUCUAAUUUACUAAAAACUUGAUAAAAUAAACACACGUGUGACACACUUUGAAUUGGAACAUGAUAAGCGUAGUAGCAGCUGAGGAAAAUGAUACACAGAGGGAUGACGACAACAAUUCUCAUUUGCAAUUAAAGAGUACUACUGGAUUAAAAAUGCACCAACAGUGGGAUAUGAACCCAUGCCCAAGACACAAUAUGUGGAGAGUCAACUUGUGUAUCUGAGCAACGGCUGAUGCGUUUAUCAGAAAGUUAGUAGUAUUGCGAAAGGUAGAAUUUCUUACCGGAAGCUAGAGGGUGCGAGUUCGUGACCCACUUUUGGUGCGCUUUCACGAAUGAAUAGGAUAAUCAAUUAACAGUAUAAAGUGCUCUGUCAUAUCGUGACAUAAAUGACAUUUAGGUAGCUUAAAACGCACACAACGCUGUGCUGCUUGGGAAACAUCCCAUGUCAUUAUCACUUCUCCUUCACUUAUUGAACUUCACUUCUCCUUCAUUAUUUAUUUAUUCUCAUUCAUUCUUCGUUGUUGUUGUUGUUGUUGUUGUUGUAGAUCGCAGACCAAUAGCGUAUACGUCACAUUGAACUGUGCAGAGAGGCUGAGGCUGUGCGACUGCUAUCGUAUUUCGCGUGACCUUCGUCACUCAGGACUGCGAAGCGCCCUCUCUGCUUAUCCCGCUUUGUUACUUUACAAGAAUCAAAAAUUAUGUUACCAUUCAUUUACGCAAAUAAGCAAACAUUCUCUUCAAUCUGCUACCCUAAAAAUCACGUUCUGCCUGAAGUGACGAGUGUACCAAUCCCAUCCUCGCUAACCUGCCGGUAUCGGGGUAGAGUAAAAGGCCUCCCAUGAUCAAUCGACAAACAAAUAUAUCUUAAUCGUCUUCACGAGCUUAGAAAAUGUUACAGCAACAUAGAGCGCCUUAGCCUUUGCUGUGUUCCUGAGCACUGGUACAUUUUCCCAUAGUUAUUGGCUUUGUUUUAUCUACGGAUUUUCCAAUUUAUCGAUUGCAGACUCUUUCGCCUGUUCCCUCUGUUAGCGGAAACCCAUCACUCAUUAUGAAUCUGGUACGCAAAGUUUCCGGACUGGCCGAUAAGGGCCACGUAGCAUACUGUCGCUAUUAGCAUAAGCCUCUUGUUGGGUACUUGUUCUAAAGUUAAAUUAAAAUAGCUUAGCUUUUUUUUUUUCUCGAAGCGUACUACCAUUUGUGGGUAUUUUGUUUCUGCGUGUCCAUAGCAGCAAUUGGCACUGUACGGUCUACAGAAGAACAAUUAACGAUUAAUCAGACACAUUAGGCAUAAUUAUUGUGAACAUAAUAGCGAAACUUCGCGAAUCUGUUGCGAAAACGAUGGUAGAGUUUUCCUCCAUCGUCUCAACUACAAAAGCUUUAUACUCUUGAUGACACUCGUACUGUUCAUGAUUACAAUUACCUCCUGCUAUUAAUAGCUCUGGUGCUCUUCUAAAGAAUAUUUUACGCAGCCUGUUUCCUUUCCGCAUUAAACGCAUCUGCUUCAGGUUCCCGAUUGUAUUUCAAAGCACGUUUCCCAAACAGAGGCGAAUGCAAUCUCGAAAACUACAUGCUACAGAAACUAUACAUUUCAUUUAUCAUGAUCUGCUUCCGUGCCUUCUUUCUCCAAUUCAUCUUACACGAGGAAUGUAGAUCUAUCUUGCGAUUCAGCUCCUUUCAAAGAAGAAGCAAUACAUAUGAACGGAUCUGGACGUCUUUAAUGUUAUUCGAAGAGAUUCCGUGCAAACAUGCACUUGCUUCUGAAGAACGUCCUCUCUUCCUUGACAUGCUCAGGUUCAUUAGAAGCCUCGUUCCCGGUGACGACGACAUGACUAGCAAUAUCUCUAAUAGCUUUAACAUGAACACUAGUUCAAUAAUGUCCACGAGCGUUGCAUCACUAAAUGUUUCAUGUUGGACCCUGCAGUCUCAAGCUAAGCAGAGAUAUAGCGUGCUAUUCUUAGUAUAAUAAUCUUAACCAUCUAACGGUCUGAUGGCCUUUAUAAUGGAUAGGCGCAUUGCAUGCUGAGAGCCCAUUGGAGCGCAUAGUUACGUGCACCCUCUUGCGGGCUGCACAAAGAUUGUGAAAGUUAUUUAAUAGUGUGAAGGUUUCGGCACGGCCUUCUCUCGAAAUAAAAUAUGACACCUCUAACUAGCGUCCAGCAUGGACGGGUUUACGAAAGAAAAUUAAUUUCAACUCCACUAAAUCCAAAUAAUUUCCGGACGUUAUGAGCUUAAAUUGUGUUGUCCUCAUUGGUUCAUUCUCGUGUAAUGAGACGUUGAGAGAAAUUGGGGCUAUCCCUAUAGUGCUAUUCGCCGCAUCAAUAAUAAUAAUAUAAGAAAUUCGCCUGAAUAUCGUGUCUACACCUUAAUUACUUAAUUAACCUAUUACUUGUGGGUUUCAUUGUACUUAAUCCUAGUUACUGUUAUGCUAGUUAAAAUGGCAGUAAUUCCAACUAAAACCACCUCAGCGAAUCGCCUGUAGCACUCACGUUGUCCCAUCAAAGCAGUCAUUAGGUCGUUCUAUCGCAAUGUAUUUUCCUCUUUAGUUUCAUUUUUUAUUUACCUAUGCGGGAUACCUUUAUUAAGACAUUGUAACAUCGAUUGGCAGCUCGCUUGAUCAUAGUCUAAAUACUAACGCAAUAGAGCAAUGUUCGGAAUGUUCACGUUAAAUCAGUGAGAAGAGAAGCUAAAUUUGGCCCGAGAGAAAAGAAGAUAACCAGGAAUGGCACAUUGCAAAAAAACAUGUAAGUGGAAGCUCGUGAUUAUGACCACGGCCGUUCCCGCAAAUUUUGGUCAUAAAGCGAAUUGUCAUAAUGACGAACACCACGUGUUGCGAGUCGUACCGUACCCCUUUAAGUAAGCUUCGAAAUUUAGAAAAUUACGUAAGCUGGAUCGUGGAUACCGUAGGUCGUACUAUACCCUGGGAUAACUCUCUCUCUCACUCUCUCUCUCUUUCUCUCUCUGUGUCCACUGGGCGAGAUCCCGCUGGGUGCAUGGUCUUGAAUCUGACACAUGUCCGCUCCUUCAUUAUUUUUCCCCCUUGGGAAUUUAUUCUAUUCCCCUUGUUUUCAGACAUGGUCGAUGAAUGCCGUAUGACUGCAGCAGCUCACUGUGACCCUGUGACCAAUGACAGUGCUCCUUUAAGCACGUCACACAGUGGCGUCACGAAUCACCACUACAGCGGGCCCGCGUUUUUGCCGUUAUAGGUCAGAAGAACCGCAGCGCCGGCUCAGUGACCGAAGGUCAUAGUAGCGAGGGUAAAGUGUUCGCUCCUAGUUGUGCUGAAAAUACCAGUCACUGUCAUAUAAACGAGAUGUCAUAUUAACGAACAAGAGUUACAUCCGGAGGCCGUCGGGUGGGAACGGUUCCCAAGAGAAAUGAUCACAAAGCGGGGAUGUCCGAAGUAUUUAACACAGAUACAGCUCAACGUAACCCCAACAACACCGGAUAUCCUUUAGAUGUACGAAUAACGUCCAAACGAGUUCGUACGUCCGAUGGAUAUCCCUCAGAUAUCCAUAGGACGUGCGAAUCCGUUGGGACAUUAUUCGUACAUGCUGAGGUCGUCCGGUGUUGUUGGGGAAAUAUCAGUAAGCGAUAACGGAGCCAGUGGUGCAAGCAUCGGAGAAGUUGUUCUUCAGAGUUGUUCAGAAGAGAAGAACAUUGAAGCUAAGGCUACUAUCUCACACGCUAUUGAUCGCGCCUAUGAUUCGAGUACCCUUCGAUUCUUUUUCGGUUGCUAUGAGGAGCACUUCAGCGUCUGCAACGAGAGUUGCCAGAUUUGCACUUGAGUCCUCAACUUGAAAGAUUUGCUCUCUGAUACUUUGCACCAGUCUCUAGAGGGCAACACGGGAUCUUUUUUCUUUCUUUCACGCUUUCAAGUUUUGUCUACCUGAACGCGUCGAUGAAAGCCUACCUGUGCUAUCAGACGUGCAGCACUACAACAGGUGUUCCCGUCUCGCUGAAUCAUCGAUAAAUCGAUCAAUUGGGCUUGAGUCAAAGUUGGAGCAAACUGCACCGGUGAAAGCGUUAACGCUGGUGGAAUAUGUAGGUCAUAUGUGUUGGUUGUGAGCGUAUACCGGUGACGCUAGGAUUUAUUUAUUUAUUUAUUUUUUUUGUAAGGCCAGGGAUAGUACUUGUCUCAGCAUUUGACGUAAAAAGACAUCCGAACGAAACAUCCUAAUGAUAUUACAAAGCAUAGUUCAAGGAAACCUUGAGCUUGAGGACACGUAAAAGACGACGCGCACACGAAGGCUCGUGUCCUCAAGCUCAAGAUUUUCUUGCACUAUAUGAAUCUUGCCGAGCUAGCCGCCAUCCACUCAUUUCUCUCAGUAUUACAUUUCUGUUUCUUGUCCCGAACUUCGAAAGAAGAACGCGACGUUCCCUGCCAUCCUAAACCACCGUGUCGGUCACAGCUGUUCACAGCCUUUGCUGGUUACUCGUUGUGUUGUCGGCGUACUUGCAAGCUGGUCAUGUGAAAUGUUCCUAUUGUUAUUUUCUGUUCCCCGCUCCCUUUGUCACGAAGGAAUGUACAGAAGGUGUGACUGUGUGUGUGCUUUCUAGUCCAGGUUUCAAAUGUCAUUUAUAAAGUUUUUUUUUUGUUCUUCGCCUGUUACAACUGCCAUAGACAUCUCCCAUACUCUGUUUCUUCUUGAAGUGCACGCGUGGAAAAGCGGAGUGCGUUUCAGAAAAGCAAUUACGAUGGCUGAGGUUUUUGUUUCUUUCUUAAACCAAAACAAACCGACAAGCAAAGCAAAUUCGAGCAAACUCACGCUGUGCGAAAGCCGACAAUCAUCCCGUGCCGUCGGAUGUCACAAUUUGUCCAAUCUUAAACCACAUUAAAAAAACAUUGGGCUGUAACCUUGCAAGAAACACGUAAAUGUGUAGUAAUUUAAUAACGUUUCCCUCAAACGAAAGGAAUUAACACUAAAUAAACCAGUCCACACUGAAAUGCGUCCAUAUCUGUAAAGCCAUAAUUUUAUUCCCUGCGUCGUAUACGCAGCCAAACGAGCCUGAAUUCGACUCUUCAUUCAAUGAAUACGUGCUCACAGUGGUGAUGCUUUGCUCAGGCAGCGACAAAAAUUCCUUACUUCUUUGCGUCUUGUUCUCCUGUUCACCUACCAUGUCUAACAGCGAUUCAGCAUAAGCAGCGAAACAAAAAGCCGUAAAUAAAAUGGGCUCGCUAAUGAACUUCACUUGUUCAGCGGAGCAAGCACGCUGCUCUGAUUAGUCUCUGUAUUUUCAUUCUUUGGAACCAACCAAGUCGCUUGUGGUAAUGAACGCCUAUUUUCAUGCAACCCAUUUUUUUUUUGUCUGGCCUGCUUUGUAAAUGGCUUCAUAUAUUUGCAUCACACAAGAGAGGACAAGUGCAGCAAUCGUCUCGGCGAAAAAAAAUAAAUAAAAGUAUUUACUUCUGGCAACUUAGUGCGCAAUACGGGUCACCUUUACAUUUUCUUGUUUGCAGACUUUUCUGCGCGUCAUCGCAUGCGUCCGAUUUUAGGAGCUUGCUAAUUUAGUGUGUACACUCAUCUCGCCGACGCGAUUCGUCGGCUCAGAGUCACGUGAUGUCACACGUUCGCCCCAAGUUGCCAAAAUGAGAUGGAAAUGUACAUAUAAUGAAGACGACGUUUCGCGACUCUCUGUACAUUCUUUGAUGUUCAAAUAAAUUCACGUAUUUAAUAGGC